AUGCAUAAACUACUCUUCUUAUCCACCCUCUCCCUUGCGGCAGCUACGUCUACCACUACUAAUGGGGACUUGGGGUAUUUGCAAUGUGCUUCCUCCAUCGCAGAAACCUACCCCCGCAGCGCAGAUUGCACCUCCCCCUCAGUACUAGACUGCUUCUGUAACGCACCGUUUGAUCCGUCCUCGCUGGAUCGGAAGACUUUGGAGAGUUGUGCGAGUGAGGGUGUUUCACCAUCCAACAUCCCCGACUACGUAUGCAGCGAUACCGAUGUCCCCAUUGACGCUCGCAAGGGCAGUAGUCCCAUGAUGCGGGUUGAUACAACCAGCUCUGUUGCCAGUACAGAUGGCAAUGGCAACGGAAAUGGCAAUGGGAAUGGCAACGGCAAUGGGAAUGGCAAUGGAAACGGUAAUGGCAAUGGGAAUGGCAACGGCAAUGGGAAUGGUAAUGGGAAUGGAAAUGGCAACGGCAACAGCGGCAACAUAUUCACACCCAAACACACCAACUACAAAGCCUCAAAGCGCGCAUACGCACCAUCCACCCCUGACCCCAACGCCGACACAACCACCACCACCCAAGACGAGUCCUCAGACUCCACCCCAGAAGACCGCAUCGAAGCGACCACCAAAACCAAAACCGAAACCAAGACCUCAGAAGCGCGCAUCGAAGCACCAGCGACCAUAACCGACCAUCACGGGGUGCACAUGACAGACGCCACGAACCCAAACGUAGUAUACAAAAUGUACACGGAGACAGUGACGGACUGUGCGUGUGAGCAUGCAACCGCCACUGGCGAUGUUGCGCAUGCCUCGGAGUUGAGAAUGGAGAGUGGAACUGCCGCUACCGCUACUGCUACUGCUGCUGCUGCUACCGGCACGUCAGCAAGGCUGUUUGGAACGCAGGCGGCGGAGACAUCAGGGGCGGUGGUGUCGUCGUCAUCGGUGGUGAUGUCGAUGCCUAGUGGGGUGGAUGCGAGUCGGGUUGAUGGGGUGAAUAGUGUCAAUAAUGGGACUGGGGCGUUGUUUGAGGGCGGUGCGAGUAGGGUAGGAGGAGUUGGGGGUUUGUUGAUGGGGGUUGUGGUGGGGGUUGUGGGGGUGGGUUUGGUUCUUUGA